AUGACGCAGGCUUUUGCCGUGAACAAGCGUGUCGGCCCUGAUGUCGCAGGGUGUGUUGCCAGCGAGGCGAUACACGUCCGCAAGCUGCUGUCGCAUGUCAAAGCGAAAGUGAGACGGGAGGAGGUGAGCCAGGAUCCCACCUUCCAGGAGCUCUGCUUGGCUUUGGAUCCGAUGCUUCAGGCGGUGGUCGAUGCUGUCAACGAGCGCAAGGCGGAGAAGCACGGCACCUUUGAGGAGCCGGAACCGGCUGAGGAUGAAGAUGCCUACGACAAUGAUGAUGAUGAUGAGGCCGAGGCCUCUGAUCAGGAGGCCGACACGAACCCCGGAGAUGUGAAGGACCCUGAGCCCAAACCUGGUGACAAAGGCUGCCCUGCUGUGCCCAUUGGCUCCGAACACAUUGCCAAAGAGUCCGUGGACUCCAAUCAGAAGUCCCCUGACCAGAACGCCGUAGUUGCCAAGCGGAAGUCCCAUGACCAGAACUCCGUGGACCCCGAGCAGAAGUCCCCUGACCAGAACACCGUAGUUGCCAAGCCGAAGUCCCCUGACCAGAACUCCGUGGACCCCGAGCAGAAGCCCCCUGACCAGAUCCCAAGCCAGCGAAACAAGGCUGAGACGAAGCCCGGAGAUGUGAGUUGCACCCCUGAUCCCAAACCUGGAUCCUUGAGACGGGCCAAUUCCGAUGCAUCUAUUAUGUCGGGGGCAUCAGAAGGAUCAGACAAGGUUCUUUCGCCGCCUGUACCCACGAAGCUGGCCUUCACGCCAUCACCUGCUCCCGGAGGACGCUUAUCAGCUGGGAAUCGUGAAGAGAUGCUGGCUCGGGUUGCAGCUUUGAAGACCAGGAUGCAGACUUCCAAAGAGCCCACUGAGAAGAUCCCGGACAAGCCCAUUGCCGACACUGUUGCAGGAACCUCUACGCAUUCCUCCUUUAGCUGUGCUGGCGCUUCGGAUGAAACACAGCCUUGGGAUUGCAUGGUCGGCACUUCAGCUGCCGAGGGUUGCUUCAAGCCAGGGCUCGCGAAGCCAGAGACGGAGGCCACAGCGCCGCCGCCGGAGGCCGCAGCGCCGCCGGAGGCCGCAGCGCCGCCGGAGGCCGCCGAUGCAGAGCCUGCAGAAGGCUUCACUGAGAGCAACUCUGAGGUGGAGAAGCCUGUGCUCAUGAGACGAGAUCAGUUGCUCUUGAGACAGAAAGUCAAGGGCCGCAAGAAACGUGGGCCAAAGGCCAAGGCAGGCAAGAAGGGCAGGGGUGUCAAGAGGUCGAAGUCCAAGCCAGGCGCGAAGAAGCUUUCGCCCCAGAAGGAGUUCCUCCUGAAGCCCGCGGCGCUUUGCAUGUUUGAGGCUCUGGACUGGUACUUCGGAGUGAAGGAUCCAUCGGGGCUGAAGGACACGGUUGUGGAGUUCGCCAAGAAGUGGGGUUCCGGUUCCAAUGAUAGCAAAUUCAAGCACAGCCUCAAGGCCGAUUUGGACGAGAUUUGGUACAGCGGCUACAACAUGUACUGGAACAGACCUGCAGCCGGGCUCCUCCACAAGGAGUCUGGAAAGGAGCUGGGCUACUUUUCCAUCCCGGCUACCCGAGGCUGCAAUUGCUCAUGGGGGCAGAAGAUGGCUGUAGUAGCGAAGGCUGCUAGCAUGUUCGGCAAGUAUGCGGAUUCUUUGAUCUAUGAUGGCUAUGUCGAUUCGGCGAACCCGGAUACCUCCAAGGACCUGGUUAUCAUGAGAAACAUUUUCAAGUCCGUUGUUCAAGACUCCGUGAAAAAGCUCUCGGAGUCUGAGUAG